GGGCUGCGGGGAGGAAUGGGAAUCUGCAGUUGCUGUGUUUCAAGCUGCUUAUAUAUCGGGUUAACGGACAAGGAAGAACGCAGGCACCUAUUACGCGAAAAUUGCGAAAAAGCGUCCACCUACAGGUGUCCUGAGACAGGGGGCGCUGUUUCUAAAAUGAGUUCCUCAGAGGAGACCGAGACUGACGAUGGAACCCACGGCCCUGCGAGAAAGAGAGUUCGGGUAGAGAGGGCAGAGUCACCUGUACCCAGCUGUCUGUCUAUGAAGAGUAACCAUUCAAUUGAUCUUCCAAUCGAAUUCAGAGGAGAGUUCAGAGGUGAUCAAAGAGUUCGGGUAGAGAGGGCAGGGUCACCUGUACCCAGCUGUCUGUCUAUGAAGAGUAACCAUUCAAUUGAUCUUCCAAUCGAAUUCAGAGGAGAGUUCAGAGGUGAUCAAAGAGUUCGGGUAGAGAGGGCAGGGUCACCUGUACCCAGCUGUCUGUCUAUGAAGAGUAACCAUUCAAUUGAUCUUCCAAUCGAAUUCAGAGGAGAGUUCAGAGGUGAUCAAAGCAGGCUUCGGGUAGAGAGGGCCGGGUCACCUGUACCCAGCUGUCUGUCUAUGAAGCGUGAUCAUUCAAUGCCUCAUCCAAUCAACUUCAGAGGAGAGUUCACAGGUGAUCAAAGAAUCCACUGCUCACAGGUGUCCAACCAUAUUGUAGAGAGGAGUUCAGGGAAACUGUUGUCAAAACAGAUGACCAGCAACCCUGUGAAGCAUAAGGAUCUCACUGACUCACUGGAGAGAGAUGAGCAGCACAAUAAAUCCAUAGAAAGAGCCCAGCAGGCACUGAAAACUGCUCUGAAGAAGAAGUUUGAAUGCAUAUUUGAAGGUUUAGCAAAGCAGGGCAACCCAACCCUCCUCAAUGAGAUCUAUACAGAGCUCUACAUCACAGAGGGGGGAAGUGGGGGCGUUAAUGAUGAACAUGAGAUCAGACAGAUUGAGACAGCAUCCAAGAGACACACCACACAGGAGACUGCAAUCCUCUGCAAUGACAUCUUUAAGCCUUUACCUGGACAAGAGAAACCAAUCAGAACUGUGCUUACAAAGGGCAUCGCUGGCAUUGGGAAAACCGUCUCUGUGCAGAAGUUCAUUCUGGACUGGGCAGAAGGAAAAGCCAAUCAGGACAUUGAUUUCAUCUUCACUCUUCCUUUCCGAGAUCUGAAUCUGAAAAAGGAGAGAGAAUUCAGUCUGAUGCAACUUCUGCAGCACUACUUUCCACAACUGAAAGAGAUCAAAAGUAUUGAAGAUGAUGAUGUCAAAAUUGUGUUCAUCUUUGAUGGUCUGGAUGAGUGUCGACUUCCUCUAGAUUUCCAAAGCAAUAAGAUCUGCUGUGAUAUAACAGAGUCAUCAUCAGUGGAUGUGCUGCUGACCAACCUCAUUAAGGGGAAUCUGCUUCCCUCUGCUCUCCUCUGGAUCACCUCCCGACCAGCAGCAGCCAAUCAGAUCCCUCCUGAGUGCGUCCACCAGGUGACAGAGGUACGAGGAUUCAAUGACCCACAGAAGAAGAAGUACUUCAGGAAGAGAAUCAGAGAUCGGAACAAGGCCAGCAAAAUUAUCUCACACAUAAAGUCAUCCAGGAGUCUCUACAUCAUGUGUCACAUACCAGUCUUCUGCUGGAUUUCUGCUACUGUUCUGGAGACAAUGUUGGAUAAAGUGAGUGGAGACCUGCCCAAAACUCUGACUGAAAUGUACACACACUUCCUGCUCAUUCAGACUAAUGUGAAGAAUGAGAAGUAUCAUGGCACCAAUGAGACAACCCCAAAGAAAAUGUCAGCAUCAAAUACAGAAAUCAUCCUGAAACUGGGGCAGCUGGCUUUACUACAGCUGGAAAGGGGCAAUCUGAUAUUCUAUGAAGAGGACCUGAGAGAGAUAGGCAUUGAUGUCAGUGAAGCUUCAGUGUACUCUGGGGUGUGCACAGAGAUCUUUAAAGAGGAGUGUGGGUUGGGUGAGGAGAAGGUCUACUGCUUCGUGCAUCUGAGCAUUCAGGAGUAUCUGGCUGCGUUGUUUGUGUUUCAUUCAUGUGUGAAUGAGAACAGAAAUGUACUCAGAGCAGAAGAAUCAAAACCUCGCAGAGACAGAGUGCAGCUGUCUGAGUUACACCGGACUGCAGUGGAUCAGGCCUUAGCGAGUAAGAAUGGACACCUGGACCUUUUCCUCAGAUUCCUUCUAGGCCUCUCUCUGGACUCCAUUCAUACUCUAUUAGGAGGAAUACUGACACAGACAGGAAGCAGAUCACCUAGCAUUGAGAAAACAGUAUUGUACAUAAAGAAGAGGAUCAAAAAAGAAUCUUCAGCAGAGAGGACCAUAAAUCUGUUCCACUGUCUCAAUGAACUGAAUGACAACUCUCUAGUGGAGGAAAUCAAGAAUUUCCAGAGAUCAGGAAAACUCUCUAAUGAAAAGCUGGAACCACACCAAUGUUCAGCCCUGGCCUUUGUGUUACUGAUGUCAGAGGAGAUCCUAGAUGAGUUUGACUUGAAGACCUACAACACAUCAGCAGCAGGUUAUCAGAGACUGCUACCAGUAGUCAGGAACUGCAGGAAGGCCAUACUGAACAGCUGUGGCCUCACAGAGAUGUCCUGUGAAAUUGUGGCCUCUGCUCUCCAGUCAAACUCACCCCUGAGAGAUCUGGACCUCAGCAACAAUAACCUGGGAGAUUCAGGAGUGAAGCUGCUCUGUGCUGGACUGAUGAAUCCAGACUGUAAACUGCAGAGACUGGGACUGAACGGCUGUGACCUCACAGAGAUGUCCUGUGAAAUUGUGGCCUCUGCUCUUCAGUCAUCAAACUCAACCCUGAGAGAUCUGGACCUCAGCUACAAUAACCUGGGAGAUUCAGGAGUGAAGCUGCUCUGUGCUGCACUGAUGAGUCCAAACUGUAAACUACAGAGACUGGGGCUGGGUUGGUGUAAUAUCACAGAUGGCGGCUGUGAUGUUCUGGCCUCAGUCCUGCGCUCUCCUCACUCAGAGCUGAGAGAUCUGGAGCUCAGAGACAAUGACCUGCAGGAUUCAGGAGUGAGAGCGCUCUCUGCUGGACUGGAGGACCCACACUGUAAAGUGCAGAGACUGGGGCUGUCAGGCUGUAGAGUCACACAGAGAGGCUGUAAUUCUCUGGCUUCAGCUCUGUGUUCAAACCCCUCACACCUGAGAGAGCUGGACCUGAGAUACAAUCACCCAGGAGACUCAGGAGUGAGAGCGCUGUCUGCUGCUAAACUGGACACACUCACACUGCUUGUGGACCAUGGAGGAGGGAACAGGACCAAACCAGGACCCAGGAAAUACGGCUGUCAGCUCACACUGGAUCCAAACACAGCGCACAGAAACCUGUCUCUGUCUGAGGGGAACAGGAGGGUGACACACACACCGGGGAGAGAGGAGCAGCCAUAUCCUGAUCAUCCAGAGAGAUUUGAUUACUGGCCCCAGGUUGUGUGCAGAGAGAGUGUGUGUGAGCGCUGUUACUGGGAGGCUGAGUUCAGUGUGUCUGAGUCGGGGGGAGAGGUUUAUAUAGCAGUGACAGAUAAAGGAAUCAGCAGGAAAGGAGGGGAUUCUGACUGUAUGUUUGGAUUCAAUAAAAACUCCUGGAGUCUGAGCUGCUCUAAGCACGGUGACUCUGAUAAACUCGGUUACUCUGUCUGGCACAAUUGGAACAAAACAGACCUACCUGCCCUCACCUCCCCCUACCGCAGAGCAGGAGCGUGUGAUAAUGAUGAUGAUGAUGAUGGUAGAGGAGUGUGUGUGUACAGGGUAGGAGUGUGUGUGGACCGUCCGGCCGGCACUCUGUCCUUCUACAGCGUCUCUGACUCUGACACACUGACCCUGCUGCACAGAUUCCACACACACUUCACUCAACACAAACCCCUCUGUGCUGGAUUUGAAGUGCGUGACGCCUCAGUGGCCCUCUGCCAACUGGAGUAGAGACACACACACACAUGCGCGCACACACACGCAUACACACACACAUGCAUGUGCGCUCA